CAGCAGCAACCGCAGCAGGCAGUGCGGUUUAAUAAGUAAUAGUGACUACGACAUGGGCGCGUUGCGGACGCUCGUGGUGUUGCUGGUAUUGCCAAUGCUGGUGGCGUCCGCGCAACUUGUCAUUGUUGAGCGGAUUCGGCUGCCAUUCGAGAAGGAGCAUUCGUUCUCCGUCAAUAGCAGCAUCGAGUACAUCUUCGACUUCGUGCCGAAAGACGACGAGGGCGCGUGGCCGACGCGGCUGUGGGUGCGCAGCUCGGGCGGCGAGCCGGCGCAGCCGCUCCUGCUCACGGCCCGCCAGCGCAGCGGCGCCCUCACCUGGCAGCUGCCGUACCUCUCCGCGAGCGGACGGUACACGUUCUACGAGCUCACGCGCACGCUGUGCUACGACGCCUACGCCGUCAAUGCCGUUGAUUCGCCCGACUGCGCAGAUGAUAGCGCACUCGCAGUGCGUGGCGCGUUCUCCCUACACGUGUCGUCGGCUUGUCGCUCGAGCGUGCGUCUAGACAUGCGCGCGACGCCGCUGCGCGACUGGCGGCUGCCCUUCCAGAGCGAUCAUCGCUUCGCCGUCGACCAGACAUCCCCUCGCGCGUACCUGUACGAGUUCUUGGAGGGCCAGGACCACGUGCGGCUGGUGAUCGCAUCGGACGACGACACUUGCGCCACCGUGUCUGUGCAAAACAAUUCGUGCCCGGUGGGCGAGUCACCGACGGAGGCGACGCGCCGCGGCUUGCGCAUGUCCGUGAUGCGCUCAGGCGCAGUGCAACUCGCGCGCAGCAAAUUCCCGCGAGGCUUCUUCGUUGUUGCACUGGUCGAAGAGACUAACGAAGCGUGCACCGGCGAGACUGGGUCUGAGCCUGAGCCUCAGUGGCUGUGGGAGACGACGUUCACCGAGGCCGAGGACGCCUCCACGCGUCUCGGCCUGCGGUCGCACCGGAAAAAUUUCAAUGUUACUGUUACGGCGGCGCUGACGCGCGCGCAGUACACAGUGGCAUGUGUGGUGACCCUCGCGGUGUUCCUGGUGUUCUACGUGGCCUUCUUAGCGCUUGUGUUGGCGCAGCGAUUCUCGUUCUGUAAGCCGCUCGUCGCACCUAAGGCCGUCCUCGCCGAUACUACGAGCGUGAAUGGCGUGGAGACGGGGACUGACGCUGAGGCCGCCACCGGUACCGACAGUCUCGAGCGCCGCCGCCGUCGCCGCGAUUCCAACACCACGAUCGACAGCUGCGAUGACAGUAAUUCUGACGAAGAACCUCCAGCGGUGUCGACCGACGCGAGUGCUGCGGGCCGCUCCGCCGAUAGCGACGGCGACCGCGAACAGCAGAUGGCAGAGGCGUCGCCGACGCCGUUCGGAUUGCCAGCGAAGCUUAACGUGGCGGCGCUGGCGCGGCGGCGCACGCGCACUCUCAUCGCGCGUUCCGACCGCUACCUGUCCACGCUGUGCACCGUCGCUGUUUUCUAUGCGCUACCCGUGGUGCAACUCGUCAUCACUUUCCAGAUUAUCCUGAACGUGUCGGGGUCACUGGAUCUGUGCUACUACAACUUCUUGUGCGCCAACCCUGCGGGCGGGCUCUCCGACUUCAACCACGUGUUCUCCAACCUCGGCUAUCUGCUGCUGGGCAUGCUGUUCGUGAUCCAAGUACGCCGGCGUCGUUCUCGACGCAGACGCCGGCCGCGACACGAGGAAUACGGUAUUCCCGAGCACUACGGGAUGCUGGAAUCGCUGGGCGUAGGCAUCAUGGUAGUCGGAGUGCUCUCCGCCAGUUAUCACGUGUGCCCCAACCGGCUCAACAUACAAUUUGACAUGGCGUUCAUGUAUGUCCUGAUGGUGUUGGGCAUGGUGACGAUCUACCAGUCGCGUCACCCUGACAUCAACGUGCGCGCGCACGCCACCUUCGGCGUGCUGGCCGUGCUCAUCGCGUUGGUGACCUGGGGUUUGCUCGGCGGCGGCGCCAUCUUCUGGGCCUUGUUCACGGUGUUGCACAUAUUCACGAUCCUAGUACUGUCGCUGCACAUCUACUACGUGGGGCAGUUCACAUUCAACAAGCGCGGCCUGACGGAGGCGACGCGUAGUUUGCGCGAACUGCCGUCCGGUGGGAGGCCACUGUACGUUGCGCGGCUGGCGCUGUUGCUAAUCGCCAACGUCGUUAAUUGGUAUUUCGCCGUGAACGGCAUGGUAACGAUGCCGACCAACUUCACGGGACACGUGCUGUACGUGCUGCUAUGCAACACUUUCAUGUACAUGGUGUUCUACCUCAUCAUGAAGCUGCUGAACGGCGAGCGCCCACGCUGGUACGUGUGGCUGUUUCUUGGCAGUGCGGUGGCGACGUGGAUUCCCGCCCUAUACUUCUUCAGGUAUGGCAGCACCAGCUGGAAGGCGACGGCCGCCUCCUCGCGCAACCGCAACCACGAGUGCAAAGUGCUGAGCUUCUACGACGCACAUGACCUUUGGCACUUUCUGUCCGCCAUGGCGCUCUAUUUUUCCUUCAACGCCCUGCUCACAUUUGAUGACGGGCUGUCCGCCAUCAAACGGACGGACAUAGCAGUCUUUUAAUUUUUUUAAAUUUUUGUUUAUGACACAACAACAGCAGACACAAACAAUAUAGAAAAAAACACUUAAAAAUAUUACAGUGCCUACCGUAUUAUUUUUUAAGUUUUUAAUACAGAUACCUAU